UCAGAACUCUCGUAGUUAUCAGUAAUUAUUGCACUGCACGGCUGGCCCUGCCUCUGGCUCGCUGUCUGCCUCUUCUAGCUACCGCCAUAGUUUUUCUCCGUGAACAAGAAGGGGGAGGGGAAUAAUCAAGCGAGGCAGGCAUGGCGGCGAAGAAGCCGAGUGCCAUCGACAUGGCGGAGCUGGACCCGGUGCUGCACGGGGUGGGCUUCGAGAUGCAGGAGGUGUCGCCGUCGCUGCUCUCCGGCCGGCUCCCGGUCACGGAGCGCUGCUGCCAGCCGUUCAAGGUGCUGCACGGCGGCGUGUCGGCGCUGGUGGCGGAGGGCCUGGCCAGCAUGGGCGCGCACAUGGCGUCCGGCUACCGCCGCGUCGCCGGCGUGCACCUCGCCAUCAACCACUUCCGCAGCGCCGCCCUCGGCGACGUCGUCCUCGCGCGCGCCGUCCCCGUCCACCUCGGCCGCUCCACCCAGGUGUGGGAGGUGAAGCUGUGGAAGAUGGACCCGUCGGAGGAGGGGAAGAAGGGCCCGCAGAUCUCCGAGUCCAGGGUCACGCUGCUCUGCAACCUGCCCGUGCCGGACAACCUGCACCACGCCGGCGACGCCCUCAAGAAGUACGCUGCCGCACCAGCGACAAGCACCCCCACCAGCAAACUGUAACUAGCAGCAUCAUCUCUAUGUGUAUGUAUAUUUACUACUCCACAUAAUUUUCCUCUUCUUGUCUGGUCGCCUAUGGAGCGAUUAAAAAUCUAAGAGCAAUCAAACCCUACCAGUUACUCCUUUUUUUCUUUGACAUCACCCAUCAGUUACUCCUUUUUCUUUGAACAUUAUCCUAUCAGUUACUUCCACUAGUACAAUGUAUCUGAUCUAUGCAAGUGUGCAUUGCGUGUUGUUCUGUCCUCUCAAGGUAUCAUCAAUCAAGCAGCCCCUUAAUGUUCUUCA